AUGUCGCAUCAACCAUCAUCCACUGUUCGCGUUGCUGUCGCUCAGUUCGAGCCAGCAUGGCUUGACUUACCAAAGGCUGUCGAGAAGACCUGCCGUUUGAUCCGUGAGGCAGCAGAGAAUGGCGCAAAACUUGUGUCGUUCCCCGAGUGUUGGAUCCCAGGCUACCCUGCCUGGAUAUGGCCCAUAGACUUUGAGCUCUCGACAGCUUACAUGAAGAAUUCUCUGCAAGCAGACUCAACCGAGAUGCGUCGCAUCUGUCAGAGUGCUGCAGACCACCACAUCGCCGUUGUGCUUGGGUUCAGCGAGAACUUCAAAGGCUCGCUUUACAUCUCCCAAGCUAUCAUCAAUGCCGAGGGCAGUAUUGAAGUCCUGCGUCGGAAGCUGAAAGCGACGCACAUGGAGAGGACGAUAUUUGGAGACGCAUCGGGCUCUUCUCUCCAGAAUGUCGUGGAGCUGCCGGGCGUGGGACGCGUCGGUGCCCUAGCUUGCUGGGAGCACACGCAACCACUACUCAAAUACCACACUUACCACCAGAGAGAAACCAUACAUGUUGCUGCGUGGCCGCCGCUGUACGCUCACGAUGGCGGUCCAGGCUUGUACUCCAUGAGCAAAGAAGGUUGCCGCAGCCUCUCUCAAGUUUACGCCAUGGAGUCGCAAUCCUUUGUUCUGCAUACUACAGCGGUAAUGAGCGAAGCAGGCAUCGCUACACUCCGAACAGCCUCCGGCGUCACCAUGAAUGCCCCUGGUGGGGGUAGCUCAGCUAUCUUUGGCCCGGAUGGGCGCCUGGUGGCUGAUGGUCCACCAGAGACAGAAGAGGGGUUCAUUUACGCAGAAUUGCAGCUUGAUGAUAUUUUGAAGGCAAAAGGUUUCUUGGACGUUUGUGGCCAUUACAGUCGACCUGAUCUACUGUGGCUGGGUGUUGAUAAGAAAGAGAAAACACAUGUAGCUUUAGGGGAAUAG